ACUCAGCAGAAAAAUAUACAUUAAAUAAAAUAACACACCAUAUGAAAUGAUUUCGAUAUGAGUUGAAAGUUGUGGUAUAAACAUUUUGUGCAAACAGAGACAUUUAGUAUGUGAGAGUUAUUCAGUGGGUUGAGACGUUCUAAAGAAAACAUAAAUAAAUAGCUAAAAAUUAUUAAAAGCUGUAAAGAAAAAAUCCAUUUAAAAAAAGGAAGUUUAAAAAAAUAAAAGAAAAAUGCCUUCGGAAAAAUCGAUUUACAAUCCAAAUCCGGCCACUAGCCAAAAUGCUUACAUAUCAAGCAUGGAAGAAUAUAAAAAGUUCUAUGAAGAAUCUUUGGAUAAUCCCGAAGAAUUCUGGUCUCGUGUGGCCAAACAAUUUCACUGGGAAACACCAGCCGAGCCAAAGAAAUUUCUACAAUACAAUUUCGAUAUUACGAAAGGACCCAUUUCCAUUAAAUGGAUGGAAGGUGCUUCCACAAAUAUUUGCUACAAUCUAUUAGAUCGUAAUAUACGCAAUGGUUUAGGAGAUACUAUAGCCUAUUAUUGGGAAGGCAAUCAUCCCGAUGACUAUUCUCGUGGUCUUACCUACCGCAAACUUUUGGAAGAAGUCUGCCGUUUUGCCAAUGUUUUAAAGGAUCAUGGUGUCAAAAAGGGUGAUCGUGUUUCCAUUUAUAUGCCGAUGAUUUUAGAGCUGCCCAUAGCCAUGUUGGCUUGUGCCCGUAUAGGUGCCGUACAUUCCAUUGUUUUUGCCGGUUUUUCAUCGGACUCAUUGGCCGAACGUAUGUUUGAUUGUAAGGCAAAAAUCUUAAUUACUGCUGAUGGCGCUUGGCGUGGUGAGAAACCUUUGUACCUGAAAGCUUUGUGUGAUAUAGCUUUACAGAAGGCCGAAGAUAUGGGUCAUACUGUAGAGAAAUGUAUAGUUGUUUCGCAUUUGAAGAGAGUAACUGCCUGUCAAGAGAAUCACGUUGAAGAGGAUAUACCCUGGACUGAUGAUCGUGAUUUCUGGUGGCACGAAGAAAUGGAAGACAAGGAACCUGCCUGUUAUCCCGAAUGGAUGGAUGCUGAAGAUCCUUUGUUUAUGUUGUAUACCAGUGGUUCGACUGGUAAGCCCAAGGGUGUUUUGCAUACAACAGGUGGUUAUUUAUUGUAUGCUGCCACCACAUUUAAAAUUGUAUUUGAUUAUAAGCCGGGUGAUGUUUACUGGUGCACUGCUGAUGUUGGCUGGAUUACUGGUCACACCUAUGUGGUGUAUGGUCCUUUGGCCAAUGGUGCUUCUUCGGUUAUUUUUGAGGGUACUCCCUUCUAUCCUGACAAUGAUCGUUAUUGGUCGGUUAUUGACAAGUAUAAGGUUACCCAAUUCUACACUGCCCCUACGGCUAUUAGAGCUCUUAUGAAAUUUGGCGAUGGACCAGUGUUGAAGCAUAAAUUACAACAUUUGAAAGUUUUGGGCAGUGUUGGUGAACCCAUUAAUCCCGAAGCCUGGUUAUGGUAUUAUCGCUAUGUAGGCAAGGAAAGAUGUUCUAUUGUGGAUACAUUCUGGCAAACAGAAACUGGUGGUCAUGUUAUUACCCCCUUACCCGGCUGCACUCCCAUGAAACCCGGCUCAGCUUCCUUCCCCUUCUUUGGUGUUAAACCCACAUUGUUGGAUGAAAGUGGCAUUGAAAUCAAAGGUGAAGGCGAAGGCUAUUUGGUAUUUUCACAACCGUGGCCCGGCAUGAUGCGCACCCUAUUCAAUAACCAUGAACGUUAUGAAGAAACCUAUUUCUCAAAAUUCCCCGGUUACUAUUGUACCGGUGAUGGUGCUCGUCGUGAUGCCGAUGGCUAUUUGUGGAUUACCGGACGUGUUGAUGAUAUGUUAAAUGUUUCGGGACAUCUUAUGUCCACAGCUGAAGUAGAAUCAGUACUUACCGAACAUCCCCGUGUAGCCGAGUCUGCCGUAGUAGCCAGACCUCAUGCCGUUAAAGGUCAGUGUCUGUAUUGUUUCAUUACCACCAAUGAAAAUGAAAAGUUCGACCCCAAAUUGGUUUCUGAGUUGAAAAAGUUGGUACGUGAACGUAUUGGUCCCUUCGCUAUGCCCGAUGUGGUGCAACAUGCUCCCGGUUUGCCCAAAACUCGUUCGGGUAAGAUUAUGCGUCGUGUGUUGCGUAAAGUAGCGGUUAAUGAUCGUAAUGUGGGUGAUACUUCCACUUUGGCUGAUGAAAGUAUUGUCGAACAAUUGUUUGCCAACCGUCCCCAAGAAGCCAAGUAAGUUUGCUUAAGUCUACAUGCAUUCCAGUAAACCAAAUCAACCAACAACAUAUAUAGAAAACAACCAACCGGAGGCAACAUACAAUAUAUACACACUAAACAAAAAGCUGCAGCAGCAAAAGGCCACUCACAAACUUUAAGUAAAAACAAAAUGAAAACUUUUAGCAUAAAAAUUGCAACUCUGUAUGGAGAGUUUUUCUUAUACUUUACGUUUUACUUCUUCUUCUUCUGUUAGUUCUCUGUAAAUCUCUAUGAUUCAUUUUAGUUGUUUAAGUUUUACUUUAAGUUAAUGAUUUGCCUUAAAACAAAAUUAUUUUUAAUGUUUAAGUACUGCACAUACACAAAACCACAACCAAUAAUUCCAAUCAGAUCCAAAAACCCUAACCUUAAAACUAUUUAACUAACUGUAUAUUGCACAUUCUCUAAUGUUUUUAAUAUAAUUUUUGUUUGUAUAACAUUUUGAAGUUGUGAUUUAAUUUAUUAAAAUAAUUUUAUAUAUAUUUAAUAUUUCUUUUUUGUUUUAGAUGAAAGAGUUUGUGUAGGUUUAGUUAAUAUGUUUGUAAAUGAUUAUUUUAAUGUAAUUUGUAACUUGUAUCUUGUAGAUGCAUGUAAUUUUUGUUUUUAGUCCAGUAGUUAAUGUUUUUUUUUUAAGUAAGUUUUUCUUUAUUUCUGUUUGUUAAACUUUUCCUUUUUUGCGUUUUGGUUUAUUUUAGUUUAUUACCAAGUAAUAUGUUAACAAAAUUUUUAUUUUAAAUAUAAUAAAAAUUUAAAUAUUUUUUAUAUACUUUUUAUCUUAAUGUUAAGUCAUAAGUACACAAAAUGAUUUUAAAUAUUUAAUAAAAUCUUAAAACUAUAUUCUAUUAAAAAAUAUAUAUAUAAAAAAACAUUAAAUUAGUUCAUGUUGUUGUUGUUAAUUUUAUUCGAUUAAUUAGUAGGUGUUGCCAUUGGUUUUUGUUUACAAAAUUUUAUAGUAUUUUUUUAUAAAAUUGUUGUUUGUUUAUUUCGUUUCUUAUGCACACUGGCACUGAUUUUUGUUCGUUGAGUAAAUUUAGCAAUUAAUCUACACUUAAUUUGUCAUCGAUAUAAUAGACCAAAAAAUUACUGCACAGUGGGGUAUAUUACAUAAUAAAUGCUUCACAACAAAAGUUUCAGGAGUACAAAACUUGAUUAAGUAAUGGAAGAGAUGUGUUUGACUUCUCGAUAUAGUCAAAGCUUUACUCUUCUUUAUCUUUACAAGUUUUGUGUUUGAAUGAAAAUAGUCUUUAACAUGUUUGCAACUUAAGAUUUAUUUUGUAAUUGAUCCCACUGUCUACUUUUUGUAGUACGAGUAGUUUAUUAAUAUUUAGGAUAUUCACAGUUCUAUAUCAUAGUUUAUACUAUAAAUGCUGUGCUUAAAUUCAAGUCAUGUAAAAUUUUCUUAUUUAUUUGGACAUGUUUGUUGAGAUUUUGAAAUGCUUAAUAUAGUUAAGAUCUUUUAAGAAUGAACUACAAAUAUGUAAUUGAUUUGAUUACAUAAAUAAUGUGGAAUCAGUCAAGCGCUUGAGAUUGUAAACAUUAGAUGGUGCUAAUAGUAUAAAUUCAGAACAUGUCGAACAGUUUUUAACAAUGAAACCCCAUUUUUUAAAAACAAAACUUGAUAAGACAUUUUACGGAUCGUAAUAACCAAGGAUGUCAUAAAACAUCAAAAAGUUUCACAUUUCAAAUUGCUGACCUUUAUUUACCCGUCCCAUGAUACUUUUUGGUUAACAGACAUAGAUAAAAAUUCGCAAAAAUAAUCCUGUAAUCUCGUUGUUGUUUUAUAUAUAACCAUGACGUAUUUCAGUCGAGUGUAAUAUAUAUAUCUUAUAGAUUUUUAAAUUCUGUUAGUUUUGAACAGUUUUCUUCAUUUAAUACUGUUUGAAUUUAAAUUAUGUUCAGAUUUUCGAAAUAUUUAUUAAGAACAAAAAUGGAUUGCAUCUUUAAAUUGAAGAUUUUUGUGUAAAGUUUCAUUACAUACACUGAUGUUAUUUGAAUUAAUUCACUUUCACUUUUAAAUAUUUUUUGUAAUUAAACAGUGUAACAGUAAAGUUUCUCUCGUAUGCUUUGACAAAAGUUUAAUUAUUUACAAUGUGGCUUUUUAAAAAAAGGAAUAUUUUUGGAUCUCAAGAGUUUAAUAUUUUUAAAUAAAUAGCUUUAAGUUAUUAACAAGUUUUAUAAGGAUAUUAAUAUUUAGUUAGAAAAUGGGUAAUGAAAUGUGUCAUAAGAUAACUGAAAACUGCCUGGAAUUUGGACACAAGUCUACUGGGAAAUAUUUCAACAACAGGUAGGUGCAAUGAAGUAAAAACAAUAUAUAUUAAAAACAGUUCGAAAAUGUAUGUAAGUUUAUAAUUUUACAAAAAAAAAAAACUAAUAUAUUCAAUAAAACAUAUCAUUAAUUAAACGAUUUUGAUUAAACUCAAUCAUUUAAGUAUUUACUUAAAACAAAUUGCUUUUAUUAAGUAUUAUUUUAUUAGUAUUGGCUCAAAAGGCAAAAAAAAGGAACUAAAUUAAGACUUCCAGCAACGAAUACAUAUCAUUAUUAUUAUAUUUAAAAUAUUAUAUGUUAAAUAAAUUUUAAGUUAUUACUUUAACUUGAAAGUAAAUAAAGUAUUAAUUGUUUAAAUUAAAUGUGAAUUAACUAAAAUAAAUAAAUCACUCUUAAAAAAAAUAGUGAACUAGACUUAAACUCAUUCAUGGUUUAAAUGUACAAGUGUAAUAUGAAGUGUAUAAUGAAGAAAAUGAAAUUACAUAUAAUGAAAAAAAGGCUAAAUAUUAUAUAUGAAUAUAUAUAAAUGUAUUAUUGUUGAAAUUAUAAAAAAUAUGUAUUGAAAGUUAAUAAAGAUAUAAUAUAAAAUAUA